AUGUGUUCUCCAGAUGUCUAUGUCCAAACAAAUUUGAACCAAUUGAUGGAUUUUGGCUACUUGUUCGAGACAAACGUGACAUAUAAAAGUCGAAUCGAGUUAAUAAAAUUUGCUAGAGACAUCGGUAAAACGCACAAAAUAGUCGUAGUUAUCCUCUCUUCCAAAGGAGGUGCAGGAAACGGAUCUGGAGAAGCAUAUGUAUUGUUGGGAUGUGAGAGAUCUUUACCUUAUCAUAGAAAUAUUUCUAGUGUACAAGUAAAUACCAAGCGUAGCACUGGAUCUAAAAGAUGUGAGUGUCCCUUUCGUCUUAAUGGAAAGGAAAUGGUUGGAGGAACGUGGAGAUUGCUUGUAAAUGAUGGAAAUCACAAUCAUGAUUUUCCUGCCUAUAAUGUGAGACGUUCAAUAAUUAGUAGGUUGACUAUGGAUGAGAAGAAUAAAACAAAGGAGAUGACUCGAGCUCAUGUGACUCCUUCACAGAUGUUGGUGUCAAUAAAUAAUGAAAAUAAGGAGAACUUAACCACAAAAAGGGACAGUUUUGAAUGGGCACUUCGGUGUGUGAGAGCUCUCUUUGCUCCUGAUCAUAUGCCAGAAGUUAUUGUUAUUGAUAGGGAGUAUGCUUUAAUACACGCGAUUGAUGAUGUAUUUCCUAAGAGUCAUCAUAUGUUGUGUAUACGUCAUAUUGCUAAAAAUGUGGAAGCUAGGGAAAAACCAGAUACUAGGAGUGCUCUAUUUUCGUCACGAUUUCUUCGUUAUUGGAACAAAAUUGUUUAUGCCGAGACAGAAGCCGAGUAUGAAGCAAAUAAAGUUUUGCAAGCUUAUACGAAAAAGAUAUUUCACUUAGGGAACCGUACCACUAAUAGGGUGGAAAGUGCUCAUAAUGCUUUGAAGAGAUUUUUUAUGACAUCUACAGGGAGUUUAGAUACUAUUUGGAAAAGGCUGCAUUCCUUGUUAGAACUUCAAGAAAAUGAAAUUAAAGCCAUCUUUGCGAGGUCUGAGAACAUUGAUCUUCAUAUUACGGUUCUACAUCUUCUGAGUCAGUUCAGAGGUAAAGUUUCACAUUUGCCAAUAAGAAAAAUUAAUGAGGAAUAUGGUCGACAUAAAGUAGGAACUGACCCUGCAACUUGUGGAUGUUAUUUGCGAACUUCACAUGGUCUCCCAUGUGCAUAUGAGAUGAUGUUACUUGAUGGAGAAGGAAAGAGUAUUGAAUUAAAUGAUGUACAUAUAUUUUGGAGGACAAUUCAUAUGGAAGGUUUCAAAACUUCUAAUACACCCCCUGACCCUUGUAGUAAAUAUCAGGAUGAUGAUAAUGAAAUAUUAAAAUCUUUUUUUGAAAAAAUGAAGAAUCAAGCCCCGGAAGCCAAGAAACAAUAUAUAUUUCAAUUGGAGAAGAUAAUGCACCCUAAAUCAGUUCCAUUGGAAGAGCCUGUAUAUGACCGAAAACCUAAGGGUCGUCCACCAAGUAGAAGUUCCAUAAAAAGAGACUUGUCAUACUGGGAGCAUGUGCAGAAAAUGGUUUCUAAUCGUGGUACCCAACAACCUUCGUCGAGUAAUAAAAGAAAAUGCAGUUCCACUAACAAGCCUACGAGGGAAGAUCUUAUUUCUGCUGAGAUUCCAGUUCAUGUGGUACCCUUUAUUUAUGAAUAUAAAAAUGUAGGUGCAGACGGUAAUUGUGGUUAUAGGUCAGUGGCACAUCAAAUUUAUGGGUCAGAAGACCAGUGGAGGAGAGUGCGUAUGGAUUUAUAUUUGUUCCUAGAGAGACGUUUGGAAUUUUGGAUGGUUGUAUGGAAUCAAAGUCAAGAAGGGGCAUUAUCAAUAUUACGUGGGCUUAACUAUUACGAGAUUCCUUGUCCGUAUGAUUAUUGGAUGCGCAUGGACUAUAUAGGCCCCGUAAUUGCAACUACGUACAAUGUUACAUUAGGUACUCUUGAUCCGAUACAAAUUGGUACUAUGACAUAUUUGCCACUAUAUGUACCGGAAGGCUUCACAACUCCAGAAAAACUCAUUGGAGUUGCAUCUUUAAGAUCUUGUGUACACUUUGUUUCGGUUUCUUUGAUGAAUGAGUGCCCAUUUCCAGAGUGGGGAACUUGGUUUAACUUUCACGAUGGUACAGUACAAGAUUGGGAUGCUCCGUAUUAUCCCAGAAUCGAUAGAUGGAAGUUGUUGCGUGGCUAA